CCCGGGGCGCGGAGGAGCGGCGGCCGCCGAGCUCGAGGGGCCCCGCGGCAGACGGCCCGCGCAGCCCCGGAGCCAUGGGCAAGUGCAGCGGGCGCUGCACGCUUGUCGCCUUCUGCUGCCUGCAGCUGGUGGCCGCGCUGCAGCGGCAGAUCUUCGACUUCCUGGGCUACCAAUGGGCUCCCAUCCUCGCCAACUUCCUGCACAUCAUGGCCGUUAUCCUGGGCAUCUUCGGCACAGUGCAGUACCGCUCCCGGUACCUCAUUCUGGUCUCAGGAAAGGCCCAGGCACCAUCUGCCGUGACAGCCACUGGAAUUGCAGGCCCAGGACUGGAGUGGAAAUAUCUAGCUCUUUGCCAUGGAUGCUGUCUGGUGUCUGUCAUCUCUGCAGAGAGGUACGCAGCCUGGCUGGUGCUCUGGGUCGGCUGGAAUGCAUUUAUCAUCUGCUUCUACCUGGAGGUCGGCCAGCUGUCCCAGGACCGGGACUUCAUCAUGACCUUCAACACGUCCCUGCACCGCUCUUGGUGGAUGGAGAAUGGGCCGGGCUGCCUGGUGACGCCCGUCCUGAACUCCCGCCUGGCCCUGGAGGACCACCAUGUCAUCUCGGUCACCGGCUGCCUGCUCGACUACCCCUACAUCGAAGCACUCAGCAGCGCCCUGCAGAUCUUCCUGGCUCUGUUCGGCUUCGUGUUCGCCUGCUACGUGAGCAAAGUGUUCCUGGAGGAGGAGGACAGCUUUGACUUCAUCGGUGGCUUUGACUCGUACGGAUACCAGGCGCCCCAGAAGACGUCGCAUUUACAACUGCAGCCUCUGUACACGUCGGGGUAGCUUCUGCCCCACGCCCACCCACGUGAGGAGCUUCGCCACUAGACGGACAGCCGCCGCCCGGGACUCGGGCCAGGACGGCGGGCGCGCCCCCUGGCGGCCGCGGACCGACCGCAGCCCGCGCCGCCCGCUCUGCCGCAGACGUGGACUCGGCCCCUCGCAGCCAGCCGGGACUUGAGGGGCGGGGCGGGCCGGGGGAUCACGGGGUUUGUAUUUUUUUUAUCUUAGCCUCGGCCUGCGCUGGGGCCUCCCUCCCUUCUCCAGCCUCUCUCUUUCACCCUUCACCCAACACCCUGUCCCCUGUCCAGAGAGAAAUGGCAGGACGGACAGACUCACCCCAUCUCACCGCGCUCGUUCACCAGCUCUGGGGCAAGGUACCGGGAACUAGGAGCAGGAGUCCUGGGUUCUAAUCGCAGCUCCAUGGCUGACCCUCUGUGUGACAUCUGGCAAAGCUCUUGUGCUCUCUGGACCUCCGUUGCCCCACCUCAGAUAAUUAAAGUAAUUCUGUAGUAGUUGGAGCUCUUUCCAGCCUUCUCAUUGGACACUCAAUUCCCUGGGCUAGGCUGGGAUUAUAAUUCCCACUUUGCAGAUAUUGGAAACUGAGGCCCAGAGAUGUGAAGCGAUUUGCUUGAGGCCACACAGCUAGGCUUUUGGUGGAGGCAGGUUCUGAACACAGUGUACUUUCUGUAGUUUCAGACACCAAAACCCAGCGUCUGAUCUCUAAGUUCCAUUUCCAAGCCCCUUUCCACCUUGGACACUCUAGAACCCCUGUGGUCUACGCUACACUCACGCAUUCCUGCUACCACUCGCCAACGCACCUCUGAAAGCAAUAUACCGUUCUCUUGUCGGGAACCGGAUGGACGGAGCCCAGAGCCCUGAAUUCAGCCUGACCCACAGGGAAGCCUGCCUCUGUCCACCCUUGGCAAACCUGUCAGACUCUCUCCAGGAAAGGGAGGCCGCAAUUCAGUCAUCCCACCCACUUUCAGGUCCCUGAGGCUGGGUCUGCCACACCCAGGAUUCCUUACGCCUUCAGCGACUCCACCAACCCCUGAUGGCUCCAUCCACCUCACCUUGGAAGGCCUGUGCCUCCAGAGUGGAAGAAGGCUAGUCAGCACUGCCCAGUCACCCGUGUUCACAGGUCACCAGUGUCUAUGACCACUGCAGUUCCCAGAAGCAACCUCUACAAAGCCCCAAAGGAGUUCUGAAGAGGCAGAAUGGGGGUAUGGGUCAUGACGGGGGUCUGGAGGGCCAGCACCCUCCUUGAGAGCAAGCAGAGAUGGGAGCUCAUUCUCCCCACCUCCCUACAGACACCCCUGUGGACCCUGCGUCCUGUGGCCUGGCUCGUGAGUCCCAGGGCAGAGGAUCAGGCCUCAGCUUCCUGGUUUGUGAAAUGGGAGUGGCCCUGGGUUAGGAAGUGAGAUGGUUUGCACACCUGAGCCCAUCCGUGGUGACCACUCUGGGAGAUUCCUUACCCUCUGCCCUCCGGUCUAGCAUUCCCUACUGUCAAGGCCAACAGAGCCUGAGCUUGGACCCCACCCCCCCUCAUCCACCUGCAGGGCUGUGCAAGCAGCCAGCCCAGGAGUUCCGCUGGUCACCACAGGCACCAAGGUCCCAGACGGUCAGCCCAGUUAGCUGAUGGCUACAGCUCAAGAGGGGACAGCUCCCUUCAGGUCUGGCUGCUAUGUGGCCCCUGGGCCACCUCUUUCCUCCAGCCCUCUCUUCUCCCAGCCCAGCCAGCUGUCAUCUCGCCCCCACUCUUUCAGCCCCCUUUCUACUCAAUAGGUUCAGCCACUGGUGCUUCGAAGCCUCUGUUUUUAUAAGACGGUUUUUGCAAGAUGACCAAGUUCUCUUCUCACUGGGGCCUUGCAAGGCAGGGAGUGUCCCCUGGUUUCUGUGCAGGUGGGUUGAUUAAAGAUGGUGUUUUCUUCUCUAUCUUCCUGUCCUCCUGCCCUGUGAGUCAGCAGGCUCCCUGCAUGACGGUGGGAGUCAAUGUCAUUGUCAUUAUCACACAUUCCUGGGACACUGACUGUGUAGCUUUGGGCAAGUCACUCUGUCUCUUUCCUCGUCUACAAAAUGCAGAGGUGGGACGAUGUCAGUGGGUUCCCCGACCUGGCUUCACGGUUCCUCGGAGAAUUUUCUAUUUCUUUUCCCGAUUAAGUGCAUGUUAAGUUUAUGCUUCGAAAUAUCCUCUGCGUCUUGGCCCUGCCCGCUUCCUGACAGCUCAGCUCCUGACUCAGAGUGAGCUGCGGAUGGUGCGCCCCACAUGGCACGUCCUGGAUCCCGUCCAGCGAUGCAGCCAGAAUCAGUAUUUUGAAUUUUUACAAUUUUACCUACUUUUGUGAAUAGGUAACAUGUAUAUAUGGUACAGGAUUCAGAAAGUUCCAGGGGGUUAUGUCCUCUUACCUAUUUUCAUAUCUUUCUAAAGAUAGUCGAUUCUUUCUAAAAUUAUGUAAAUAUUUUUCCCCUUUUUUACACAAGUGGCAACAUAGUCUCACCCUUCAACUCCCUGCUUUUUCCACUUAACUCUGAAUCUUCCAACUUUCCCCCCAAUAACACGUGUGGAGCUGCCUCCCAUUAUCUGACGGUGAAUUGACAGAGUGGGGGUUUUUGUCAAGAUUCCCCAGGCCUUCCUGAUGCCGCUGGGGGCUAAGAAGCAGAGGUUCUUACAUAAGGAUGCCCCAGGCCCAUUAUGCAAACCUCUGUGGACCACUGCUGGUCAUGGCCCAGAGGAGAAUAAGUCACAGAGGCUGCCUUCAGGGAGCUUAGAGCGCAGGGGUGAGAGCACAGGGCAAGCAGGCAGAAGGUGCAUGCUGACAGCAGGUGGUCGGUGAAAGGCACUUGUCCACGGGAGCUCAGGAGAGGGAGGCGAUCUGAGUACCCUGGACGAGGGCAAUGGGAGGAAAACACGUGGUGUCUGGGCUAAGAAGAGCUGGAGAAUAACUGGUUGGAGGAAACUUCAAUGGGGAAUGUGUUAGUUUUCUAUUGCUGUCAAAUUACAACUUUAGUGUCUUAAUACAAAGUUAUCAUCUGACGGUUCUGUGGAAGUCGGACGUGCGUCUCACCGGGGUAAAAUCAAGAUGUCUGGAGUGUCAAGUUUCUUUCUGGAGGCUCUA